CCCGCGUGCUCCCGGCGUGCCCCCCGCGCGCUCGCCCGCCGUCCUUCAGAGCGGCCAAGAUGGCGACGGCCACUCGGCUCAUCCAGCGCUUCCGCAACUUCCUGGCGGGGCGGAACCUCCAGGCCAAGCUGGCGCUGCGCUACACCGAGAUCUCCAAGAGGACGCAGCCGCCGCCCCGGCUCCCGGUGGGCCCCAGCCACAAGUUCGCCAAUAACUAUUACUGCGGGCGGGACGGACGGCGGGAGGCGCUGCCGCCUGUGGUGGUGGCGGCGGGACGGAAAACCCUGGCGGCGGGGGCGCCGGCGGGCAGUUCGGGCUCUGCAGUGACAACAGCUGAGAAAAAACCCGUGACGCCAGGACCACCGCUUAGGAAGUGGGAACUUUCGAAAGACCAGCCCUAUUUGUGAGAAGUAAACGUGCUGAGGUGGGAUGCGCAGGUCACGGUUCGUUACAAAGCAGCACUUUAACGGGGAGGCCUGCGGUGGACUUUGCUGCAGUGAUGCUGCAUGGAACUUGUCCUCAUGCUGCUGGUGCAUGACUAAUAAAUGUAUUUAAAGCUGUGA